GUUGCCAACAAUUAAUCUAUUAUUAACUUAAGUGAUAAACUAGGUUAAGUAGAGCUUACCCCAUUAGUGGUACUGAUGAAAACUAAUAACGUUCACAUUUCUUCAGAUAUGGCUUUUUAACUAACAUGAAAACACUUAUUAUUUGUUUUUGCAUCGCAUCAAAUUAACAAAGAUUAUCCGAGGAUAACAUCCCAUGCUGUCCUUAAUUGAGGAUAAUAAACUCCCUCUGUUAUAAUUACCAUUAAAAUCAACAACUAGAUUACCAUCUAUAUUUAUAUAUUUAUCUCUAUUAAAACCCUUAAUUCUACUGUUGAUGUUGAUUAUGAACUUGGUGAUUACAUGUGGGGGAAGAUUGUAAGAACUUAACUAAAUAAUGAGCCUUUUGCUUUUGCUUUUUUUAUUUUAUUUUAUUUUAUUUUAAAUUUGGAGUAUUGAGAUAGAUAUUGCAUGCUCUACCGUGAAGUUCAACUCUUGGGAUCUAAUAAUACUGUUUCAUUGUCCAUUAACUAUUUUUGUUUUGACUAUCAUAAUCCUUUAAAUUUGUCAUAAAUAGAUCCCAUUUUAAAGACCAUAUAGCUUAUAUGUUCAUGAGGUAUAAUGCUAGAUGAGCUAGUAGGGUACAAGACUCCAUCACACAGUGAGUACGGGAAGAAACUCCAGAAUAUAUCUUUACACAGACAGGUAGAUAAUGGGAGAACGAUUUUGCCAAAAUAACAGCCCCUACGGAGAUAAUAGGAGAAAGAUUAAUUUGCCAAAUAAGGGUCUAAAAUACACAUAUGUUCUAAUCCUUAACUACUUUCAUCUUUUCCAAAUGAUAAUAAUAAUUUUUAUUUUUAAUAAAUGAAACUACUCUCAUCUUCUUACUACUAAACCCCCCCUCUCUAUAUAGCACCAUCAAACCAAAAUGCACUGUCUUCUUCUCCAUGCUCAUUUGAACAUGGCUGAUUUCACCUGCACUGCCUCUUGCAUACUGUACCCUUCGAUCCUUAUCAUUCUUUUCUUCUCUUCCAUCAACCAUCAACACCAUUCCUUCACCAACCUUUCCUUUUCUCUUUUGAACCACACCACAAUUACUUCUCAAGAAAAUCAACAGGUUAUCAUUCCUCCCAUCUCCAACAUUUCAAGAGCUAAUGCUACCAAUGUGCAAAUGAAGAGUCCAUUACAGGAAAUGGAAGAAGGUCUGGCAAGAGCAAGAGCAGCCAUACUUGAGGCGGGUCGAACUCGAAAUUACUCAUCUCACAAACAAGAAAGCUUUAUUCCAAGAGGAUCCAUUUACUUAAAUCCUUACAUCUUUCAUCAGAGCUACAUUGAAAUGGAGAAAAGAUUUAAAGUAUGGACAUACAAAGAGGGAGAGCCACCACUAUUUCACAAUGGUCCGAUGAAAGAAAUUUAUUCAACAGAGGGGCAAUUUAUAGAUGAAUUUGAGAGCGGCAAGAGCCUAUUUUCAGCUCGGCGUCCUGAUGAGGCACAUGCAUUUUUCCUUCCUGUUAGCAUUGUCAGCAUUGUGAAGUACGUUUAUAGGCCUUACAGCGAUUAUUCUCGCAUUCGAUUGCAAAAUGUUGUCAAAGACUAUGUUGGAGUCAUUUCCUCUAAAUACCCAUUUUGGAAUAGAAGUGAUGGAGCUGACCAUUUUCUUACUUCUUGUCAUGAUUGGGCACCCGAUGUUUCAGCUGGCCAUCCUGAACUUUACAAGUACUUUACUAGAGUUCUUUGCAAUGCCAACACAUCUGAAGGGUUCGUACCAGAAAGAGAUGUUUCCUUGCCAGAGAUCAGGCUAAGAGAUAGAAAGUUAAGCCCGGAGCCUCAUAGCUUACCUCCUAAGGAUCGUCGAAUUCUUGCCUUUUUUGCUGGAGGCGAACAUGGGCAUGUUAGAACGAAAUUAUUUGAGCAUUGGAAAGGCAAAGACAGGGACGUUCAAGUCUAUGAAUAUCUUCCUAAAACCCUAAAUUACACCGAGUUAAUGAGUCACAGCAAGUUUUGCCUAUGCCCUAGUGGAUGGGAAGUUGCGAGUCCUAGAGUUCCCGAAGCAAUAUAUUCAGGCUGUGUGCCGGUGAUCAUUUCAGAUUAUUAUUACCUGCCAUUCAGUGACGUUCUUGACUGGAGUAAAUUUUCAGUUCAUAUUCCGGUAGCUAGAAUUCCAGAAAUCAAGACGGUUCUACAAAAGAUUCCCAUGAGGAAGUACUUGACGAUGCAAAAGAGAGUCAUUCAAGUCCAAAGGCAUUUCAAGCUGAACAGGCCAGCGAAGCCAUAUGAUGUGUUGCAUAUGGUGUUGCAUUCUAUUUGGCUAAGGAGGCUUAAUGUCAGGCUCAAUGCCAUGCUUCCAAUAUAGUUGUAUCUCUUAAUCAAAUCUUGUACCCAAAAGAAAAAUAUUAUGUGGCCACUUGAACCAAAAAUCACUUUUCCCAGUUAGUGGGAGCUUGCAAAAUUGACGGAUUCGGAAACAAAUUCAUGGUUUGAAUGUGAAAAGCUGAUAAGGAUAGCAAUAUAUCUUUAAGGGCUA